AUGAUGGAGCCUUUGUUUUCUGACCCCAUGGACGGUCAGCGUUCUCUGAAUGACAGGCUGGCGGCCGCCUGCUCCUUCACUGCCCUGCGCACCUGCUUCCCCAUCCUCACCUGGCUGCCCAGGUACAACCUCACCUGGCUCAGGAUGGACGUGCUUGCCGGACUGACCGUGGGCCUGACCGCCGUCCCUCAGGGUUUGGCCUACGCAGAGGUGGCUGGCUUACCUGUUCAGUACGGCCUGUACUCGGCCUUCAUGGGUGGCUUUGUGUACUGCGUCUUCGGCACGUCGAAGGACGUCACUCUGGGCCCGACGGCCAUCAUGUCGCUGCUGUGCUCCUAUUACAUCGAAAGAGACCCCGUGUAUGCUGUGCUGUUGACGCUGCUAUGUGGAAUCAUCCAGACCGCCAUGGCCUUCCUCAGACUGGGGUUCCUGCUGGACUUUAUUUCCUACCCCGUCAUAAAGGGCUUUACCUGUGCAGCGGCUGUUACCAUCGGCUUCGGACAGGUCAAGAAUAUUUUAGGUCUGAAGGGCGUCCCGCGGCAGUUCGUACUGCAGGUCUACUACACUUUUCAUAGAAUACCUGAGGCCAGGGUUGGAGAUGUUAUCUUGGGUGUGUCAUGUCUGUUUUUCCUGAUGAUGGUGACGAUGAUGAAGAGCACCCUGAGGUCCUUGGAGGACAGCCCGUCUAGUCUGGUGCAGGCCGCCAGGGGCAUCGUAUGGAACUUUGCCACCAUUCGUAAUGCUCUGGUCGUCAUAGCAGCGACGUGUGUUGCAUACUCCACUGAGGUCAUAGACUACCAUAUCUUUACCUUGACCGGCAAAACCGCUAAGGGACUCCCUCCUUUCUCACCUCCAUCAUUCUCAGAAACGACAGCCAAUGGCACGCAUGUGUCCUUCAACGAAAUCCUGCUGGACUUGGGAGGCGGCCUAGCUGUUAUACCGCUAAUGGGAGUGCUGGAAAGCAUCGCUAUUGCUAAAGCAUUUGGCAGUCAGAAUAAUUACCGCAUUAAUGCCAACCAGGAGUUCUUCGCAAUCGGACUCACCAACAUCUUGGGCUCUUUUGUCUCAGCGUAUCCCGUCACUGGCAGCUUCGGGAGAACUGCUGUAAACUCUCAGACGGGAGUGUGCACCCCUGCAGGAGGAAUAUUCACAGGUUUGGUGGUGCUGUUAUCUCUGGCGUUCCUCAUGCCGCUCUUCUCCUACAUCCCCAAAGCGUCUCUGGCUGCCGUUAUCAUCUGUGCCGUUGCUCCAACGUUCGACUUUAGAGUUGUGCGGCAAAUCUGGAGAGUCAGGAAGCUGGACGUGCUGCCCUUCUUGGUGACCUUCCUGGUCAGUUUCUGGGAGGUGCAGUAUGGAAUUGUGGCAGGUGUAGCUGUUUCAGGGCUGAUGCUGCUUUAUGUGGUUUCCAGGCCUAAGCUAAAGAUGUCUGACCAUGGGGUCGCUGUGGUGGAGCUGGCGAGCGGCCUGCAUUUUCCUGCCAUAGAGCACCUCAGCGGAGUCCUGCGCUCACACGCACUACAUGUAUCUCCUCCUCGCAGUGCGGUGCUGGAUUGUCACCACGUCAGCAGUAUUGACUAUACUGUAGUGAAUGAACUGAAGGACCUGCUGAAGCAGUUUAAGCUGCAUGACGUCUCCCUGGUGUUCACUGGACUGAAGCCCUCUGUGUUGGAGGUGUUGUUAGCAGCCGAGCUGCCAGGCUUCAUACACAAAGACAGCAUGGAGGCCGGCCUACAGACGCUGUCCAACAGCCCACACAGUGACUGACACUCAAGAACAACUCGCAUGUGGCUUUGAGCCUCUGGAUCAUCGCUGAAUACCUCAAGCAGCUAAACCAAUGACUUUAAUAUUCCAUAACACAAAUAUUAGACCAAAGCCUUUUCAGAAAGGAGCGAAUCUAACCUGCUGUCCAGCUGCUGCUGAAUCUUGUGGACACUGACACUCUACAGCUUAUUAACUCUUCCUGACGUUGGACUCUGUGGGACCAAGUGAUUUUUGCAGACAUUACAUGUGGUGGGUAGUACUGUUCGUUCCUUUCUAAGAUACACUAAAUAAUAUUUCAGUUGUGUUUGAAAGAUGACUGGUGUCACUUGACUGACCACAUGGCUAAGGGCUCACUGGAAUGACCAAUCAAAUGGCAAACACCAAAUGCUGUCGAGUCCUAUUUGUUUUCCUUAACUUAUAUUCUGUGUGUGUGUGUGUGUGUGUGUAUAUAUGUAUAUAGGUAUA